AUGUCAGACUCUGAGGCACCGGCCCCUGCACGCGCGACGGGCAAACGUACUGUUACCGGCCUGACCGCGUCGCAAAUACAACACAAACGUGAUCUUGAUCGCAAGGCACAACGCGCCCUACGCCAGCGCACAAAACUUCGAAUUCAAGAACUAGAAAGCGAUAUAGCACGCUUCAGGGCAUCAUUUUCGCAGCGGGAGCAGACAAUGAUAGACGAGAUUCAACUGUUGCGAGACCAGAAUCGAAAACUCAAAUGCUCCUUAGAAAAUAUCCGGAAGUAUGCUCUUGGCGAGCUUUCGGGUCUAGGCGAAACGAGCCUGCCACAGGAUACAUUUGAUGAGGAAAUAGCCGACAAGGAAAUUGAGCAAUUAACGACUCAUUCUUUACAGCCGGGCAACACUCUAGGGACGCAAUCUAUCCCUGCCGAUCAACCUGUCCAGCCUGACCAUGAUGUAUAUUUUUCAGUUAAUCAACCGAUGGGCCCGAAUAAUUCCAAUCUCACGCACGGCCACGAACCAGAUCGGCCCACGCUACCCCCCAUAUCUGGUGCGUUUGUGGGUCUCGUUGCAGAACACGAUCAAAUCCUACUAGACUUCAUUGCCUCGCGGCAAUCUAUGCUAGCCCGAGGUAUAUCCCCGGCUACCGUCCUGGGUCCUGAACAACUGUGUCCUCGAGACCUUCUAGAGCCGAGGACAGUCGAAUCGACGUCGCAUGCAAUAAGCCGGGUGAUGGCAGAUGUGCUUACUACAUUUCCACACGUGAAUCUUCCAGAAAAGCUCGCUUUCAUGUACCUCAUGCAUCUAACAACACGGUGGCAAGUAUCCCCGAACGACGGCAGCUAUGCCCGCAUGCCCGUGUGGCUCCGGCCAACUGUGACGCAGAUAACCGUUCCGCAUGCCGCAUGGAUUGAUAACAUCCCUUGGCCUCGAGUACGAGAUAUCCUUAUCCAAAAGCCCGAUCGAUACCCAUUCGCAGUUUUUUCAGAGUUAUACUCCCAGUAUGUCAGCAUUAAUUGGCCAUUUGACCCUGAAGACAUCGUUGUGGAUACGGGUGACGGUCCCUCCUUAAACACUAUAUUUGAAAAGCACAUUCAGCGUUUGAGUAAUUGGGUUGCUCCUCGUCAGUUCCGGGAGUAUUUUUCGGAAUGGACAUCCGACGUCUAUGUUGAUGAGUAG